AUGGCCUGGUCAUCGUACGGCGCCAGGGACUCGCGUGUGCCUGCGUCUGUGGGUCUCCCCUGCGGUAUUCUCACGUGCUCGUGGGACUUCACCCGUUUCCCCGGCUCAGAGUUUCUUGCCAGCCGUUCUGCCUUGAAUCUCACAGCCGGAGCUGUGAGCCCGAGACCGUCGGUGUCGGAUGAUGGCUUUUUUCCCACCGGCUUCAGUACUUCGUACUUAACAGAUAUAGUAUGGUGGUCUGGCACGAUUGCAAUGGCUCUGGGUCAAAUAGGGAAUUUCUUGGCCUACACUGCGGUCCCAACUGUGCUAGUGACGCCCUUGGGAGCUCUUGGCGUUCCAUUUGGGUCCAUUUUAGCUUCUUACUUACUGAAAGAAAAACUGAACAUUCUUGGCAAGCUGGGAUGUUUGCUGAGCUGCGCCGGGUCUGUUGUUCUCAUCAUCCAUUCCCCAAAGUCCGAGAGUGUAACGACUCAGGCUGAGCUUGAGGAGAAGCUUACAAAUCCAGUUUUCGUGGGCUAUCUCUGCAUCGUGCUGCUAAUGCUGCUCCUGCUUAUCUUCUGGAUCGCUCCAGCUCAUGGACCUACUAAUAUUAUGGUUUACAUCAGUAUUUGCUCUCUGUUGGGCAGUUUCACUGUUCCCAGUACAAAAGGCAUUGGGCUGGCUGCUCAAGAUAUCUUUCACAAUAACCCCUCGAGUCAAAGGGCUCUGUACCUCUGUCUGGUACUUCUGGCAGUAUUAGGAUGUAGCAUUAUCAUUCAGUUCAGAUACAUCAAUAAGGCACUGGAAUGUUUCGACUCCUCUGUGUUUGGUGCCAUCUACUACGUUGUGUUUACCACCCUAGUCCUGCUGGCUUCAGCCAUCCUUUUCAGGGAAUGGAGUAAUGUGGGAGUGGUAGAUUUCUUGGGAAUGGCUUGUGGAUUCACCACAGUAUCUAUUGGUAUUGUUCUUAUACAAGUCUUCAAGGAAUUCAACUUCAAUAUCGGGGAUUUAAAUAAACCUAACAUGAAGACAGAUUAA